AUGGGCGUCAUGAUCAAUCACCAUUUGCUCGCUAUCGUCUUCGGCAUCUUAGGAAACGCAAUAUCCUUCCUUGUAUUCCUCGCUCCAGUGCCUACGUUUUAUAGAAUAUACAAGAAGAAAUCUACCGAAAGUUUCCAGUCUCUACCGUACCAAGUGUCGCUGUUUAGCUGCAUGUUAUGGCUCUGUUACGCAUUGAUUAAGCAAGGCGCUUUUCUCUUAAUUACUAUCAACUCCUUCGGCUGCGUUGUGGAGACUAUUUACAUCGCCAUGUUCUUCACUUACGCUACCAGGGAGAAAAGGAUCGCGGCUAUGAAGUUGUUCCUAACGAUAAACGUAGCUUUCUUCUCAUUGAUUCUAAUGGUUACACAUUUUGUGGUUAAAAGACCUAGCCUACAAGUCUCUGUCCUCGGCUGGAUUUGCGUUGCCAUUUCUGUUUCUGUUUUCGCUGCCCCUCUAAUGAUAGUGGCGCGUGUGAUAAAAACAAAGAGUGUGGAAUUCAUGCCAUUCACGCUUUCUUUCUUCCUCACUAUAAGCGCCGUUAUGUGGUUUGCUUAUGGAUUAUUCCUUCACGACAUAUGCAUAGCUAUUCCAAACGUGUUGGGAUUCAUACUAGGGAUGGUACAAAUGGUUUUGUACGGUGUUUACAGAAAUUCAGGGGAUAAACUAGAUGUUGAGAAAAAGAUGAAUCCAUCAGAACAACAACUUAAGAGUGUUGUCGUGAUGAGUCCGUUAGGUGUGUCAGAAGUGCACCCGAUUGACGUCAAAGUGACUGAACCGGUGGACCCAUUCUCUGACGCUGAAGAUCCAUCCAAAGUUACUAACGAGAAGCCGGCAACUGAUGACGGGAAUGAAUAA